CUCUUCUAAAACACUCUCUCUGAUUGCUUUUAGGUUACCUAGGUAUGAAUUAAUACAGACUUGGAAACUGAAAGAACUUAGAUUCAGCAUUUUGAGAGCAGAAGCAUGGGUGUGUGAUUUUCCAAUAAUCUGCCAUCACAGUGUCAAAAUGCAGUUCAGACAACAGCGACACAGAUCUCAAGCAUUAAAAUGUAAGCUGUGCUAGAACAAAAAUGCAAUGAAAGAGACACUGGAUGAAUGAAAAGCCCUGCUUUGCAACCCCUCAGCAUGGCAGGCCUGCAGCUCAUGACCCCUGCUUCCUCACCAAUGGGUCCUUUCUUUGGACUGCCAUGGCAACAAGAAGCAAUUCAUGAUAACAUUUAUACACCAAGAAAAUAUCAGGUUGAACUGCUCGAAGCAGCUCUGGACCACAACACCAUCGUCUGUCUAAACACUGGCUCAGGGAAGACAUUCAUUGCAGUGCUGCUCACGAAAGAGCUGUCCUAUCAGAUCAGGGGCGACUUCAGCAGAGAUGGGAAAAGGACGGUGUUCUUGGUCAACUCUGCAAACCAGGUUGCUCAGCAAGUGUCAGCUGUCAGAACACACUCAGAUCUCAAGGUUGGGGAGUACUCAGACCUAGAAGUAAAUGCAUCUUGGACAAAAGAGAGAUGGAACCAAGAGUUUACUAAGCACCAGGUUCUCAUUAUGACUUGCUAUGUUGCCUUGACUGUUUUGAAAAAUGGUUACUUAUCACUGUCAGACAUUAACCUUUUGGUGUUCGAUGAGUGUCAUCUUGCAAUCCUAGACCACCCCUAUCGAGAAAUUAUGAAGCUCUGUGAAAAUUGUCCUUCAUGUCCUCGCAUUUUGGGACUAACUGCUUCCAUUUUAAAUGGGAAAUGUGAUCCAGAGGAAUUGGAAGAAAAGAUUCAGAAACUAGAGAAAAUUCUUAAGAGUAACGCUGAAACUGCAACAGACCUGGUGGUCUUAGACAGAUAUACUUCUCAGCCAUGUGAGAUUGUGGUAGAUUGUGGACCAUUCACUGACAGAAGUGGGCUUUAUGAAAGACUGCUGAUGGAAUUAGAGGAAGCACUUAACUUUAUCAAUGACUGUAAUAUAUCUAUACAUUCAAAAGAAAGAGAUUCUACUUUAAUUUCUAAACAGAUACUGUCAGACUGUCGUGCAGUACUGGUGGUUCUGGGACCCUGGUGUGCAGAUAAAGUAGCUGGCAUGAUGGUGAGAGAACUACAGAAGUAUAUCAAACACGAACAGGAGGAGCUGCACAGGAAAUUUUUAUUGUUUACAGACACUUUUCUAAGGAAAAUACAUGCACUAUGUGAAGAGCACUUCUCACCUGCCUCACUUGACCUGAAAUUUGUGACUCCAAAAGUAAUAAAGCUCCUUGAAAUCUUACGCAAAUAUAAACCGUAUGAACGCCAGCAGUUUGAAAGCGUUGAGUGGUAUAAUAAUAGGAAUCAGGAUAAUUAUGUGUCUUGGAGUGAUUCUGAGGAUGAUGAUGAAGAUGAAGAAAUUGAAGAAAAAGAGAAGCCAGAGACCAACUUCCCUUCUCCGUUUACCAAUAUUUUGUGCGGAAUUAUUUUUGUGGAAAGAAGAUAUACAGCAGUUGUCUUAAACAGAUUGAUAAAGGAAGCUGGCAAACAAGACCCAGAGCUGGCUUAUAUCAGCAGCAACUUUAUAACUGGACACGGCAUUGGAAAGAAUCAGCCUCGCAAUAAACAGAUGGAAGCAGAAUUCAGAAAGCAGGAAGAGGUACUUAGGAAAUUUCGAGCACACGAGACCAACCUGCUUAUUGCAACAAGUAUUGUAGAAGAGGGUGUUGAUAUACCAAAAUGCAACUUGGUGGUUCGUUUUGAUUUGCCCACAGAGUAUCGAUCCUAUGUUCAGUCUAAAGGAAGAGCGAGGGCACCGAUCUCUAAUUAUAUAAUGUUAGCAGAUACAGACAAAAUAAAAAGCUUCGAAGAAGACCUUAAAACCUACAAAGCUAUUGAAAAGAUCCUGAGAAAUAAGUGUUCCAAGUCCGUGGACACGGGUGAGACUGACACGGAUCCAGUCGUGGACGACGAUGAUGUUUUCCCCCCCUACGUGCUGCGGCCUGAUGACGGUGGUCCACGGGUCACGAUCAACACAGCCAUUGGACACAUCAAUAGGUACUGUGCUAGAUUACCAAGUGAUCCGUUCACUCACCUAGCUCCUAAAUGUAGAACUCGGGAGUUGCCUGACGGUACCUUUUACUCAACUCUUUAUCUGCCAAUUAACUCACCUCUUCGAGCCUCCAUCGUUGGUCCUCCAAUGAGCUGUGUACGAUUGGCUGAAAGAGUUGUAGCUCUCAUUUGCUGUGAAAAACUGCACAAAAUUGGUGAACUGGAUGACCAUUUGAUGCCAGUUGGGAAAGAGACUGUUAAAUAUGAAGAAGAGCUUGAUUUACAUGAUGAAGAAGAGACCAGUGUUCCAGGAAGACCAGGUUCCACCAAACGAAGGCAGUGCUACCCCAAAGCAAUCCCAGAAUGUUUAAGGGAUAGUUAUCCCAAACCCGAUCAGCCCUGUUACCUGUAUGUGAUAGGAAUGGUGUUAACUACUCCUUUACCUGAUGAACUCAACUUCAGAAGGCGGAAGCUCUACCCACCAGAGGAUACCACCAGAUGCUUCGGAAUACUGACAGCCAAACCCAUACCUCAGAUUCCGCAUUUUCCUGUGUACACGCGCUCUGGAGAGGUGACUAUAUCCAUUGAGUUGAAGAAGUCUGGUUUCACGUUGUCUCUACAAAUGCUUGAGUUGAUUACAAGACUUCAUCAGUAUAUAUUCUCACAUAUUCUUCGGCUUGAAAAGCCUGCACUAGAAUUUAAACCCACAGACGCUGACUCAGCAUACUGCGUUCUACCUCUUAAUGUUGUUAAUGAAUCCAGCACUUUGGACAUAGACUUUAAGUUCAUGGAAGAUAUUGAGAAAUCUGAAGCUCGCAUAGGCAUUCCCAGUACAAAAUAUUCAAAAGAAACACCUUUUGUUUUUAAAUUAGAAGAUUACCAGGAUGCAGUUAUCAUUCCAAGAUACCGCAAUUUUGAUCAGCCUCAUCGAUUUUAUGUAGCCGACGUAUACACCGACCUUACCCCCCUCAGUAAAUUCCCUUCCCCUGAGUAUGAAACUUUUGCAGAGUAUUAUAAAACAAAGUAUAACCUCGACCUGACCAAUCUCAACCAGCCACUGCUGGAUGUGGACCAUACCUCUUCAAGACUGAAUCUUUUGACACCUCGACAUUUGAAUCAGAAGGGGAAAGCUCUUCCUCUCAGCAGCGCCGAAAAGAGGAAAGCCAAGUGGGAGAGCCUGCAGAAUAAGCAGAUACUGGUUCCAGAACUCUGUGCUAUCCACCCAAUCCCAGCCUCACUGUGGAGAAAAGCGGUUUGCCUCCCCAGCAUCCUUUAUCGCCUUCACUGCCUUCUGACUGCAGAGGAGCUGAGAGCCCAGACGGCCAGCGAUGCUGGCGUGGGAGUCAGAUCCCUUCCUGCAGAUUUUAGAUACCCUAACUUAGACUUCGGGUGGAAAAAAUCUAUCGACAGCAAAUCUUUCAUCUCAAUUUCUAACUCCUCUUCAGCUGAAAGCGAUAAUUACUGUAAGCACAGCACAAUUGUAGUCCCUGAAAAUGCUGCACAUCAAGGUGCUACUCGAACCUCCUCCCUAGAAAAUCACGACCAAAUGUCUGUGAACUGCAGAGUGCCCGUCGGUGAGUCCCCCCGGAAGUCCCACAUCGACGUCCCAGCAGAUCGGACAGCUCUGAAUGGUCUUUCGUACAGUAAAAGCCUUGCCAAUGGCGGUUAUGGUUUGGCUAACAGAGACUUUUGCCAAGGAAAUCAGCUGAAUUUCUGCAAGCAGGAAGUACCUGUACGACCAGCUACCUCGUUCCCCGUUCAGAAUUCACACAGUUGCCAGAGCCAGCCCACGCCCAGCGAUGAAUGUACUCUACCGAGUAAUAAAUACCGCGAUGGAAACGCGAACACAUCUACCUCAGAUGGCAGCACGCCGGCCGCAGGGCCUGGUGCCCCGGGCGUGGCGAGAGCACUCCAGGACAGGCUGGCUUCUGAGCAGAGCCCUCGUGUGGGGUACUCCCCCCGCACUCUCGGCCCCAAUCCUGGGCUCAUCCUGCAGGCUUUGACUCUGUCGAAUGCUAGCGAUGGGUUUAACCUGGAGCGGCUCGAAAUGCUCGGCGACUCCUUCCUAAAGCACGCCAUCACCACGUACCUGUUUUGCACUUACCCUGAUGCUCACGAGGGCCGCCUUUCGUAUAUGAGAAGCAAAAAGGUCAGCAACUGUAACCUGUAUCGCCUUGGAAAAAAGAAGGGCCUCCCCAGCCGCAUGGUGGUGUCGAUAUUCGAUCCGCCCGUGAAUUGGCUUCCUCCUGGUUAUGUAGUGAAUCAAGACAAAAGUAACACAGAUAAAUGGGAAAAAGAUGAAAUGACAAAGGACUGCGUGCUGGCUAAUGGCAAACUAGACGAGGACUACGAGGAGGAGGAAGAGGAGGAGGACAGCCUGAUGUGGAGGGCUCCGAAGGAGGAGGCCGAUUACGAAGAUGAUUUCCUGGAGUACGAUCAGGAGCACAUCAAAUUCAUAGAUAAUAUGCUAAUGGGAUCAGGAGCUUUUGUGAAGAAAAUUUCACUUUCUCCUUUUUCAACCACUGAUUCCGCAUAUGAAUGGAAAAUGCCCAAAAAGCCCUCCUUGGGUAGUAUGCCCUUUGCAUCCGAGUUUGAUGAUUUCGACUACAGCUCUUGGGAUGCCAUGUGCUAUCUGGAUCCUAGCAAAGCUGUUGAAGAGGACGACUUUGUGGUGGGGUUCUGGAAUCCGUCAGAGGAAAGCUGCGGUGUUGACACCGGGAAGCAGUCCAUUUCUUACGACCUGCACACAGAGCAGUGCAUUGCGGACAAGAGCAUCGCCGACUGCGUGGAAGCCCUGCUGGGCUGCUAUUUAACCAGCUGCGGUGAGAGAGCUGCGCAGCUUUUCCUCUGCUCGCUGGGGCUGAAGGUGCUCCCAGUAAUUAAAAGGACUGGCCCGGAGAAGGCCGUGUGCCCUGCUCAGGAGGAUUCCAGCAGCCAACAAAAGGCCCUUUCAGUGAGCUGCGCUGCCGCUACUCCUGCAGCCAGCUCACGCCCUGCCCCGCUGAAAGACCUGGAAUACGGUUGUCUGAAGAUCCCACCGAGGUGUAUGUUCGAUCAUCCAGACGCAGAUAAAACACUGACUCACCUUAUAUCGGGUUUCGAAAACUUUGAAAAGAAAAUCAACUACAGAUUCAAGAAUAAGGCUUACCUUCUCCAGGCCUUUACACACGCCUCCUACCACUACAAUACUAUCACUGAUUGUUACCAGCGCUUAGAAUUCCUGGGAGAUGCGAUUCUGGACUACCUCAUAACCAAGCACCUUUACGAAGACCCGCGGCAGCACUCCCCGGGGGUCCUGACUGACCUGCGCUCCGCCCUGGUUAACAACACCAUCUUCGCGUCGCUGGCGGUCAAGUAUGACUACCACAAGUACUUCAAGGCUGUCUCUCCCGAGCUCUUCCACGUCAUCGAUGACUUCGUGCAGUUUCAGCUUGAGAAGAAUGAAAUGCAAGGGAUGGAUUCUGAGUUGAGGAGAUCUGAGGAAGAUGAAGAGAAAGAAGAGGAUAUUGAAGUUCCAAAGGCCAUGGGGGAUAUUUUUGAGUCUCUGGCUGGGGCCAUUUAUAUGGACAGCGGGAUGUCGCUGGAGAUGGUGUGGCAGGUGUACUACCCUAUGAUGCGGCCGCUGAUAGAAAAGUUUUCUGCAAAUGUGCCCCGGUCCCCUGUACGAGAAUUGCUUGAAAUGGAACCAGAAACUGCCAAAUUUAGCCCAGCUGAACGGACAUACGACGGGAAGGUCAGAGUCACCGUGGAGGUGGUGGGCAAGGGCAAGUUUAAAGGUGUCGGCCGGAGUUACAGGAUCGCCAAAUCCGCAGCAGCAAGAAGAGCCCUGCGAAGCCUCAAAGCUAAUCAACCUCAGGUUCCCAGCAGCUGAAACCCCUUUUUAAAAUAAAAAAUGCAACAAAACAAAACAAAGCAAAACAAAAUUAAGGGGAAAAUAUUUAAAUUGGAAAGGAUGAUUUAAAGUUGACAUUGAGUGGAAUGAAUUGAAGGCAGAAUUUGAAAUUUGUUUGGUAACAAGAUAGAAAACAGAAUAAAACAUUUAUCAUAUGUAUAAAAAUUUUGGAACUAAUUGUAGUUUUAGUUUUUUGCGCAAACACAAUCUUGUCUUCUUUCCUUCUGCUUUGUUUAAAUCACAAGAGUGCUUUAAUGAUGACAUUUAGCAGUGUUCAGAAUAUUUGUUCACUCUUCUCGUUUUAGUUUCAUUUCUGUCCGUUCUGCCUAGUGUUAGAAGGCCACGGAGCCGAAACCUCCAGCAGUCCCUCGGCUGACCUAGAGUCCUCCUGGCAGCCCGCAGUCUGUGCAGUGACUACAGCCCCACCAGCGCUGAGCAGCUGCGUAGAUGGCGGGUUCGCGAGAGGAGCCGCGCGCCAGCGUGGUCUUUCCUUCCGUGUUAUCGCGUGUAAGGUUAUGUUCCCGGUCGCUGUUGCACUUAAUAGUAAGGACAGAUUUUUACUUAAUAUUGGCUGGCAUGUUGGUGAAUCAGAUUUUAGUUUUCUGAUGCCAUAUAGUCUUGCAUAAAAAAAGGUUCUUGCCUUAAAAGUAAAACCUUCAUGGAUAUUUGUUAAUUUCCAAUCUUUCUGGAACAAACUGUUUUACAUUCCCUUUAUUUAAUAUGCAUUAGAUGUUGAGACGGUGUGAUACUUACACUCACUAGUAUAGUUGUAACUUAACUUAUUACUGGAGUGUAUUAGGAUUUGUCUUAUGUGUACUGAAGACAUUUUAAAAACCAGAAUAUGUAGUCUAUGAAUUUUUUUUAACAUGAUAAUAAAAAUGAUCUUUGGCUAAAUGCCCAAUUUUACUAAAACCUCCUAUGAGGGUAGUCCACUGAUGGAAAUGUAUAUGGCAAAUACUUUUGCCCUCUAGGCUGUUACUCUAACAAAAUAUACCUUAGACAUAUCACACUUAAAAUAUGCUGCAGAUUUUAUAAUUGAUUGAUUUCUUCUUCAAAGCACCUUUACCCUUAGUCGUCUCACACAGACCCCUGCUGUGCACUCCAGAGCUGCAUGCCUCUCUCACCUACCAAAGCCGUGCUGGCCAUGCCAUGGAGUUCGACGCUGGCAAUAAACUGCCGUCAUUUUGAUUGAUCUGUGAUUUAGGUCAUCAGUUUAGAUAAACUACCAUUAUUUCCAUCUUUGGGAAAGAAAAAAACCCACCUUUUUAGGCAUUUGCCUAAGUUCCUUUAAUUAGACUUGUAGGCACUCUUCACUUAAAUACCUCAGUUCUUCUUUUCUUUUGCAUGCGUUUCCUGCCCUGUUUGGUGCUAUGUUUAUGUAUUAUGCUUGAAAUGUUAAUUUUUUUUUUUUUUUGCACUGUAACUAUAAUACCUCUUAAUUUACCUUUUAAAGAGCUGUGGGCCAGCCUUGCUCUCCCACCAACAUACCAGUCGAGGUUUGCUGCAAUUUCCACAUUAAUUAUGCUUGAAGUAAGAAAGCUGAGCAGAGGUGUCUCACGUUUCCAGCACAUCUUUCUGAAGUUGAUGCUUCAUGUAAUGCUGCAUUUAUGUUUAAAUUACAAUUGAAUACUGUACUUCUUGCUUUCUCUGCACCGUCUGCUGCAGAGACACGCCUCUUGUGUGUGCACCCGCAGGAAACUGCCGGCUCUGCUCUGGGAGGAACCCACAGUGAAGGGAAUGCCGCGCUUCCCCAGCGGUGUUUGCUGUCCCAGUCUUACAUUCAAAUUGAGAUCCAAAUUAUUAAAUGACUUUUGAGCAAAUUAAUUUAGAUGAGUCAUUUUUAAAAAUAUUCCAGUUUGGAAUCCUAGAUAUCUAUCUUUUGGAUUUUUUGGAAAAAACUUCCAUGUUAAGUUAUCGUGGCAAGUUAAGGUCAAGCAAUUCUUGAAUUACGUGACGGAAAGUGUGCAACAGGCAGAAGUGCGUUUUAUUUGUGAGAGUGAUUGUGAUAAAGUGCUAUCACACAUCUCUCGGUAAUUUAUGAACUACCUGAUGCCAGGAGCUUAGGGCUUUGUUUCUGAAGCUUUUUUUUUUUAUCCCAGUGUGACAGAAUUCUCUUGCCUCCUGGCACCAAAAUCAGAUGGUUUCACAGUUACGAUUCCCAGUGGGAGAAAGAUGCCUCAGUAUAUUUUGUAACCUUAAGAAGAGUAUUUUUUGUUAAUACUAAAAUGUUCAGACUUGGAUAUGAUUAGGUCAUGCAUUCUCAGGGGUUCUAAUUUCCUGCUAUUGUUCAAAAUGUUUCAUCAACAGCAAACUUGAACUAUUUCAUUGUUUUGUUGGAGAAAAAUAAGUGAUUUCAAUUAGACUCACAGUUUGAAGCAUCCUCUGAUCCCCUGGUUAUUAAGUUAAAAACAAAAAAAGUAUAAUUUGACAUCUGAAAUGGUUAUAUAUGCUUUUGUGCUGCUGACUUUUAAUGCUGUAAGAAUUUCUCAGUUUAGCUUGUUGGACUGUUUUGCAUCUGUCAUUUAAGAAAAGAGUCAUUCUGGGUUGCCCUACCUUACAGCUGUAUGCCAUCCUUUUGUCCCUGUGACUAGACUGUGAGACGGGGAAGCUACCAGUGGGGUGUGGCCGUGCUCGGAGCACACAGGCAGAGGACUGGUGAGGCGGGGUCUUGAAAACGCAACUGCAGAAAUCCCUGACGGUGAUUGCGUGCGGGUUGGUUGGCAUGAACCUUCGCUGUAAAUGUUUAUUUCUUUUAUCAUACACUCUCUGCAGUCCUAACUAUGCUGCAUUUAUAAUCUAAUAGCUUGCCCCUGUUCUGUUCAUGUAGCGCAGAGAAGCAUUGCACUUGGUACCAUGCUUUACCUCAUUUCAAGGAAAAUAUGCUUAACUGAGAGGAAAAAAUAUGGUUUGGCCUUGCUGCUGUUUGGAUUUACCGACUUUGAAAAAGAGUUAUAAUGCCUGCAAUGUGUCAUAUACUUGCACAACUUAAAUAGGUCAUUUUUGUCUGUGGCAUUUUUACUGUUUGUGAAAGUAUGACAAAGAUUUGUUAACUGAACUCUUAAUUAUGUUUUUCAAUGUUUGUUAUAUUUCUUUUUUCUUUUACAUCAUGUGAAGUGAUUAAAUUUAGAAUGACCUCUAACUCUCCUGUAAUUUUCUGUUAAAAUACAUCGAUAUUUUACUUUCUUAGUAAACAGCUUGCUAUUCAGAUAUUCUGCUUAAAUAGCAAGAGACUGGAGGCUCCUUUGGUUCUGCUGGUGUGGCUGUGGUGCACGUCCCCUGGCAGGCAGCUCUUUCAGGCCUUAACCUGAAACCAGCGG